ACGGGAUCGGCUUCGGCUCUCGCCACGACGAGAUGGGCAGGAAGCUGGACCUCUCCAAGCUCACCGAUGAAGAAGCCAAGCAUGUUUGGGAAGUCGUUCAACGGGACUUUGAUCUGCGGAAAAAAGAGGAGGAACGGCUGGAGGAGCUGAAAUGCAAGAUCGACCAGGAGAGCAGCAAGAGAGAGUUCCUGACGAGUCAGUCCCACCUCAAUGACACUCACUGCGUGCACUGCCUGCAGCCCUUCAAGUUCCUGCUGAACAGCAAACGCCAGUGCCUGGACUGCCACUUCUACACCUGCAAGAACUGCAGCCGCUACAACAAGAAGGAGCAGGGCUGGGUCUGCGAUCCCUGCCGCCUCUCCAGGAUCGUGAAGAUCGGCUCCCUGGAGUGGUACUACGAGCACGUGCGGUCCCGCUUCAAGAGGUUUGGAAGUGCCAAAGUGCUGCAGUCCCUCUAUGGCAGGCUGCAGCCAGGCCAGGGGCUCAACUCUGCGUUUCUGGGUCUUCAUGACAGAGUUUAUAGCCUGCCAGACAUUAACAGAGAGUGCCAGCUGCUCGCCGGCUGUGACGCCGGGGAUGACAGCGAUGAGGAAGACAAUGUCCUUCGUGGAGCUGAAGCAGAGUGCUACAGCAGAAUGUGCAAGACAAAGCGGCUGCUGUCUGUGCAUCCCUUUGAUUUCGAACUGGACUCGGAUUACUCUGCUCAGUCUCGCCGCCAGUCUGUGCAGCUCUCUCCAGCAGCCAGCAGCCCGGAUGCUUUCCAGUCCUUCCCAGAUUUCCCCAACUCAGCUGAAGAUGGCUCCCAGGAGUCCAGGAUCACGGAUGCAGACCUGGUGUUCCACCACGUCCUGCAGGAGCCAGGGGUGAGCGCUCCAGAGCAGCACUUCAGCACAGAAGUUCGGCUCACUGUCAAUGCAGGGAGGAGGAGCCUGGAAAGAAACCCAAAGCCUGGCAUCCCCCGGAAGGAGCCGCCCCGGGCUCGGUACUCGGCAGAUAUGGACACCUCCGACGAGGAUGUGAAGGGAGCCCAGCUCCUGACCUACCCAGCCCACCACGUGAAACGCCGCAGCAGAGCCUCCUCCCAGGAGAACAUCAGCCACUCCUCAAACCAGUCCCCAGCCCCAGAGUCCCACACUGAUCCUGAUGCCGAGGAGGAGGACUUGAAGAGGAAGCUGGAGGAGUUAGCCAGCAACAUCAGUGAUAAAGAAGUUUCUUCUGAUGAGGAGAAGUGUGAAGAAGAGAAGAGAGCAAAGAAAUCAGAGGUGACUUCCUCUGGUGAUGACGUGGCCAGGGAUGUUCGAAAGGUGUACCUGACUGCUGGAAAGACCUACCAGCUUGAGAAGACCCUGAAGGAGCUUGAGGAAGGGGCUCAGCACAGCGGCACUACUGACUCGGAGCUGUCGGAGCUGGAGGACAAAGUGGCCCUGGCAGCUGCUCAGGUGCAACAGGCAGAGAGUGAGAUAUCUGAUAUUGAAUCCCGAAUUGCAGCUCUGUCUGCUGCAGGGCUGACAGUGAAGUCUGUGGAAAAGGCAAAGAAGAAGAAGAGUGUGCAGGCUGCCCGUCUCCAUUCUCCUGGUCCUGCCAGCAGCAGCCCUGGGGAGUCUUUGGAUGACAUUAAAGCAAUGCCCGGACUGCAGAGGUUCAGGAGGAAGUUCAACAGUCCCCUGGAAAUCACCAGUUUUGAUGACUCCUUUGACCGCAACUCCGUGUACCGUGGCUCGCUGACGCAGAGGAACCCCAACGGGAAGAACAGGAGGGUGGAGCGGCUCUUUGCGAAGCCUGUGAUGACCCACCUGUCCUGAGGAGAGGGGACCUUCCUGCUACCGCAUUUCAGUG